AUGAAACCAUUUGCAGGUACGAGGCGAAAGGACGCGCCGCACCUAAAUGCAACCCUACACAUCGACCAGGGCAGGGCCUUCCUUCAAGAUCCGUCUUGCCGGCCAUUCCUACUGGUGAAUGGAAUUGACUUUGCGCCCGAGAUCGGUCGUUUGGCGCUCGCCAUCAAAGCCUUGACAAACGUGGUUCCUCUUGUAAAGUUCUUUGAUGCAAGGAGUUGUUGUACCCCCCCACCCGGACAAACUGCCGGGCCGCUCACUGUCUCCCCGGGAAUGGAAAAGGCCAAGAGCAUGUUCUUGUCGUGCAAGUGCAACUAUUGUAGUCCCAAUCGAGGGUUGGCGUGUAACACCUGCCCUGAAAUACGAGGACCAUUUCAUGAUACGGCCUACAACAAGGGCAACCGCCUGACUGCACAUAGCCGCCCACUGGCAGCUCCUAGACCCCGAGAGCACAACCAAAUUCUACACUACAAGGCCACUCACUCCUUUUACGCUAUGAAAAUCCAGACACCUACCUAG